CGCGGUCUCCACACGCAGUGCCGCCUUGGGAGCUCCAAACAAACGGUGUCGUCACCUCUCCUGAACAUACACCCAUCGACCCCAAACAACCAACCAUGCCUCCCAAGGGCGCAAAACCUACCAGUGAUGAGCUACUAGCUCAGUUCGAUGAUCUUGGCAUCGAACAGUCGGACAAGAAGGCCUCAAAACCUGCAGCAGCAGCCACCGUAGCCGACGAUGCCAAGGGCGAGCAGGAAGACGUCCUAGCUGAGCUGGAGAAGCAAGCUUCCCAGCGACCCAGCAGUAGCCCAGGUACCCCGCGACUAUCAGCAGACAAGACACGCUCCGCUACCCGGUCUCCUCGCCUCAGUGCCACCAUCGAGCGAAGCAGCGAGGAAAAGAGUCGAUUGUCGACGGACGUUCCCCGUGCGAGCGCAAAGCAAGAACAGCAAAGGCAGGAACCCGAGCCUGCUGCUGCCCAGCAGCAAGAGCAGAGCCAGGGCGGUGGAUGGUGGGGAGGUUUCUUUGCUGUGGCUGGUGCUGCUGUGAAGCAGGCCGAAGCUGCUGUCAAGGAAAUCCAGAACAACGAGGAAGCCCAGCGGUGGGCACAGCAAGUCAAGGGCAAUGUUGGUGCCCUGCGCGACUUCGGCGGCGAGCUUCGCAACAUGGCCAUCCCAACCUUUACCAACCUGAUUCAUACCCUCGCCCCUCCAAUUUCCUCGCACGAACGCCUCCAAAUCCACGUCACCCACGACCUCUCCGGCUACCCCGGCAUUGACCCGCUCGUCUACGCAGUCUUCUCACGGGUCAUGUCGCAAGUAGAAGGCGGCGACCUCCUCGUCAUCCAGCGCGGCCAAGAAUCCGCACCAAAGCGCGGCCUCGACGUCGGCGGCUACAUCUCCAGCGCAGGCUGGAACGACGGACCCUGGUGGCGGAGUGUAACACCCGGCACCCCACGCACCGUCAACGCUGUGCGCGGUGCCAUCGAGGCCUCCAAGCUCGCCCGCGCCAGCGCCGAGGGCUAUGCGACAGAGUACUUCUCCACGCGGGGCGGUAUCGAAGAAGCCGCGAAGCAAGCGAGCGAGGACCUGAGCGAGUCGAAUCCCGUGCGCAGCAGUGAUAUCUUCCUCGCCAUUCAGGCUAUCAGUCAGACCGUGUCGGCGGAGCUCUUCCAGGCCGGUGCAUCGGGUGAGAAGGCUGCGACAGCCGGCGUGGUUGAACCCCCCGAAGCUGACGAGGAGAUUUCGUUCGCGUUAUACCUGCACGACCCCGUGCACGGCAUCGCCUUCCAUACCAUUUCGCAGAGCGUGCCGGCGAAGUGGAUCGAAUGGCUCGAUGCAUCAGCCCCCGCAGCUGAGACCCCGGACUCUGACGAUGCGGAUGUCUCCCACGCCGUUGUCCCCGAGGCUAUUGCCGAGAUUGUCGAGAGCGGUGGUGUCGACCCCCGUGAAUGGGUUGCUGAAUGGAUUGAGGAGACGCUGUCGCUGGCAGCUGGUGUCAUUGCGCAGCGUUAUGUCGCGCGCCGAAUGGGUGUAGGCGAGGGUGGUGUUGGCAAGGGCAAGAUGCGUGCUGAGCAGGCGUCGACGGUGGAUAGUGGUGCUGGAGAGGCGGCGCGUGCUCUGUAGAGAAGGGGGGUGUUAUAUUUCUAUACUUCUUUCGUCCGUGGCGGCAGAUAGGUCUUUUCUUUAUGUGAUACACCCUCAGGUUUUCGAGUUGCUUCCGCAUUUCCAAUUCCCCUUUAUUCUUCACUCUUACACUGUUGAUACCUGCUAGCAUAUGACCCGUCACCUUGACUGGACACUGUCCUACAAACAUGCUAUGCACUCCGACCUAGCAACACCCAAACAUCCACGAUAUCAAUGUCUUCAGUAUUUCAAGUGCAUUCUCUUGUAAAUUUAAUCCCUCCGAUAUACCAUUCUAUAUACAAAUGCGCCAGCGGACAUAUUCGCUCCUCCUCCGUCCCUCUGACGGAAAAUCGAAAGCCAAACCCGCGUAAGAUCCAAAAUGGGGGGGUAUGUACCGAAAUGCAAUAUGGGAAUAGCCCUACGCCGGGGUCGCAACACGAAACAAAAGGAAAGAAAACAUUAUUUAUGUAUUCGUAAAGCCGUGUCGGGGAUGUGUGAUCCUCGCGGUGGAAGGUUGAAUCCCUGAUCCUGGUGUGUGGAUCUCAGAUCGCAGACUUGAAUUCUCCGAUGCUGAGAUGUCCAAGUCUUUAUUGAUCCAGGUGGAGCGGCCCAUCCAGACCGGGGACGUGCCAGAAGUUGGCGCGGAGAGCGGUCACA